CACUCUCCUACCAGAGGAUGCCACAACGACGCUACCACCAACAACAACUGUAGCAGCAACAACAACAACUCGGCCACCUACAACAACAACAGUACCUUCUACAACAGUGGUCACAACCCUAAGAGACCAGAGUUCUGUAUGCCCGUGGUCGUUAGAGGGGUCCAAUGGGAACACGCCCCAGCAGACACCAUUGACGUGCAGCCAUGCCCUGAUAAUCACACUGGGCAAGCCGAGUGGAGAUGUGAGACCCCCCUGACCGGCCCUACUCGUUGGGAUCCGUCUGGUCCAGACCUUAGCGACUGUGUCUCAUUUAAACUAAAGACCAUCACAGAGCAGCUGGAGAAUGGUGCAUCAGUUGCCGUCAUCUCAGAAGAGCUCGCCCAAACUAUUGAAGAAGGGGAGGAGCUUUAUGGUGGAGACAUCGUCGCGGCAACCGAUAUCCUGACGACAUCCCUUGGGAACCUAAACAGGGAGCUGGAGAAUGCUACGGCUGCUGAGAGGACGGAAAAGACCAAAGAAGUCACAACGAAUUACCUGAAGGUUGGAAGCGCCAUCUUGGAGGACACGAACCUGGAUUCCUGGGACGACCUUAGCAAGGAAGACCAGACAAAGACCGCAUCCACCCUCAUCACCUCACUGGAGGAGAGUGCCUUCCUCCUGGCAAACACCCUGGAAGAUGAUCAGACCUUCAUCGAUCAGGAGGAGAAUGUUGUUAUGGAGGUAGUCGUACGAAAUCAGGAUGAUGACAGUGACCUCAUCUUCCCUGACCCAAACGGUUUGUCAGGACAAUGGAAAGGUAUCACAGAUUCCAUUACUCUCCCUGCAGAUGCUAUCAAGGAAAGGAACAAAGAUGGAAAAACCAAGAUUGUUUUACUGGCGUACAAUAACAUUGGACAGUUCCUGGGCAAUGGCAACAUAACAGAAACAUCGACUGCCCGGACGACCAUCAAACCAGCGGCGCAGGUGGCCCGUCGCCCCUGCAGUGACGAGCCUGUGAUGGUCUAUCAGGACCUCGGGCAAGCAGUCAACUCCAGGGUCCUGUCGGUGUCCAUCAAUGACCCCUGGGAGACCACACCUCUCGCAAAGCCGGUCAACCUGACCUUUGAGCAUGCUGUGACCGGCGACAACGCUUCGGAUCCCGUUUGCUCCUUCUGGAAGUUUGAUAACACGUCGGGUGAAUUCCAUAACGGAGAGUGGUCGGACAGAGGCUGCAGGAUGGUCCAUAACAACGAGACACACACCAUCUGCUCGUGUGACCACUUGACAAACUUUGCAGUCAUCAUGAAUGUCAAAAGAGGGGUUCCUCUCCAGAAAGGGCAUGCCUUCGCUUUAUCCUUCAUCACAUACUUUGGUUUCAUCAUCUCGAUUCCAUGUCUCAUCCUAGCUCUCAUCACCUUCUGUAUAUUCAAGAACCUUCAGAGUGACCGUACGACUAUCCACAAGAACCUGUGUCUCUCACUCAUCAUGGCGGAGGUUAUCUUUGUAGCUGGCAUCACCCAAACAGCUAAUAAGACGUUCUGUGCAGUGAUAGCGCUGCUCCUGCACUACUUCUUCCUCUCAGCGUUUGCCUGGAUGUGUCUGGAGGGUAUUCAGCUCUACAUCAUGCUGGUGGAAGUCUUUGAAGCAGAGAGCUCAAGGAGAAAAUACUAUUAUCCAUUUGGAUACGUUUUACCUCUAGUGAUUGUUGGUAUAUCAGCAGCGGUGGAUUUUGAAGGCUACGGUACACCAGAUUAUUGCUGGAUGUGCGCAGAGAGCAACUUACAAUAUGCAUUUAUAGCACCGGUCUGCCUCAUCAUAUUUGGAAAUAUUCUAUUCCUGUCCAUGGCCCUCUUUAUUAUGUGCCAGCAUAGCUCACUACAGACCAACCCAAAAGAGAAAACACCAAAGGAGAAAGCAACUCGCAAAUACCACAGACUCUCGGCAUCGAUAGAAAAACGUCUUCGUCGAUCAUCCUCCAUUUUCUCCAAGCAUGGCAGAAAGAGAUCAAAGGAGGUCGAUCCUCUAGAUUAUUCCAUGGAUAAUUCUGACAAACUAGCUCUGGGAAAUACCAAGGGCGAGGCUCUCAAGUCAUUGGUACGAGGCGCAUUGGUCUUGCUAUGCCUGCUUGGAGUAACGUGGGCGUUCGGUCUGCUCUACGUGAGUGACGACCUUCUCGUCUUUGCGUACAUCUUCACCAUCACAAACUCAUUCCAAGGCGUCUUCAUAUUUGUUUUCCACUGCUGUAUGAAUGAUAAAGUAAGAAAAGAGUACAGACGCUACGUUCGUAACAGUACAUGGAUACCCGACUGCAUACGAGAGCAGUACGGAGGAACAAUCCUCACAAACUCCAAUCAGCAAAACUCAUACAGGUCUAGCAGUGCUGCACAGAAGAGACCAGACAGUAAAAGAUUCAGUAAUACAACAGGCUCAUACAGUGUGGACAAUCGUAAAAUGUCAAAUUCAUCAGUGUACAGAAAUUCAGGUCAAUACGAACAUGUCAAAUUCAACUCCGAGAUGAGCGUUCCUGAGGAAGAGCAGGUAGACUUUGGUGCAGCGAAGGUCAUCGCUGACGAGGGAAUCAGCAUGGAUUUUGAAGAACAUCCUGUUCACGAGUCUACCAGAGUCGACGCCGCAGAGGGCGAUGAAGCACAGGACAGCAAGCGCUUGUCCGUCAACACUAAUGAAUUCCUACCCUUGAUCCUUGACCUGGACAUUGAUGAUGAGAAGCAUGCCAAGCUGAUUAACGUGGGUGCGGCGGAGGAGCGAGAGCCGUCUCCGAUCGAGAUACAUCCUCUCAUCCGGGAGUCUGGUAUCGGGGGAUCACGCACCAGUAGUAGCGGAAGCGAGGACUUUGCUCCCGCUUCGCCGUUGUCGCAGGACACGCCCACCAAGGCCCACGUCUUUCCCAACAGCGGAACGUUCGGCAUGACCGGCAGCAUGCCCGACCUCAUCAACCCGCUCACGGCCCACGCCCGCAAAGCCAGGAUGGAUCUGGUACCUGUUGCGUACAACAACACAAACAAUAUUGCAGAUGUUGCUGCGAGUGAUAACGUACACAAAGGAUACCACACGCUACCGCACACGGCGCCCUCAACGAAAUCUCAAAAUUCACCCACGUAUAGAUACCCGCCCACCGACUCUGAAAUGAACCCAUCACCUUGGCAUAAGCGAGCUUCGAGAAUGGACGAUAUCGAUUCGAGUGACAAUUCAGAAAAAGAAUUUCUCUCGUUAAAAUCGCCAGCAUCUCCACAGUCGCCCAGAUCAACGAGGUCCGCUCUGGAAACUGUGAUAUAAGACAUGCUUCUCUUCUGGAAAGCAAUCGUGUUGUUAGACAAAGACUAUUAAAGUGACAUGUUUCUUAAUAUUUAAUUACCACCUUUUUCUUGUAUUCGAAAGAAAUUGUUUGAAAUAUUUGUUCUCUUAGAGUCAAGCCAGCUGUUAGUAUUGAUAAUGAAAGUAGUUUAUGGUCUUUCUACCCUGUAUUUUGGGGAGGAAUGAUAAGUAAUUGAUAUUGUAACCUGGUGAAUGUGAUCUCAUUUUGAAUGAUUGUGCUUUUCCACCGUGUGUGAACACAUGUAUUUUCAUCCUGAAUUAUUUUUUUUGUCAUUUCCGUCUUGAGUCCAUGCCCCUAACAAGGGAAAAACCACUGUAGUGUAUUACAGUUAGAAUUUGUAUCGUAAUAUUUAGGCUGCAAUAUAUGAAGAAUUAUCAAACAUUAAAAAAGGGUUUUUAAAACCUUGUCAAGCAAAGUCGUGUUAUAAGACUUGCGGUCACUUUUAUGACUAGUUAAAGAAAAUUACCAGUAUGAAUGUAUUCAUCAUUAAAUGAAUACUGUUUUUUAAUGAAUAUAUUAAACUGUUCAUCAUAUCGGUAUGUCAAAACUGAAGAAUUUUGGAUAUAGUUAAAAAGUAGUGGAACUGAAAGAUUAAAUUACUGAAAAGAUAAAAUGGUGAACAAGUCUUUGCUUCAGAAUUCUAUCCUUACUGUUUACAUUAAACUUCUUUUCAUCCAGUAUUUAUUUAUCCAAAAUGGCCCUCCUAUUUACUUGAAAAAUUAUACUGGAAGAAGAUGUAUGAUAAUUUUUUUGGCUUAUAAAUAAAAUUGAUGUCUCCAAAGUUCCCAAAGUAAAAUCAUCAUGAUCAUGCCUUUUGUAUAGCAAAACACCAUGGACAGAAUUGGUUAAAGGUUAACAAAAUAUACCUCUUAAAUAAAAAUAAAAAUUGUGCCAAAUUGUAUGGGAUUCAAAAAAAAUCUUAGUUGUAAAUAAAAAGUGCAUACAUGAUGCAACCCUUUUCUAUAAUGUGCUGUUUUUAUCACAUUGUUAUAAUUUUCUUUAUUUAAGGUAAAAAAAAAAGAUGCAGCAUUAAACAAAUUCAACAACCUUGUUUAAAGGAAAUUCAUAGCAUUAUAAUUCAGUUGAGUUUUAUAUUGAUCUAAGAAAUGUUAAUCACCAUAUUCAUAUCUAGGAUGUCAAGUAAUGUUUUGCAAAAUCAUAGAUAUAUGUCAUAACUAGUUAAUACUGUUCAGUCUUCUCAUAGAGAGGAGGGGGGGGGGGGGUGAAUAGGGGUACUGUUCUGUUGCCACCCUAUGGGGUUUGUGUGAGUGGCAUUAUGCUAAAAACGAAUAUCCACCAAAGAGAUGAACAAAUAAUUGUGAUGAUUUAUAUCAAUAAUCUGUGUGCCUGUACUGCCUUAUUUUUGUUAAUUUUGUAUUUUCUUCUUAAUCCUCGUGUUAAGAGAUAAUUGGGAUCCAAGAUGUUAGAAUUAAUAUUUAUGUUACUGACUUUUGAAGAGAAAAUCAAACUUUUUUGGGGUAAUCUUUUAAAAACCUCAUUCUUGAAGAUCAAAAUCAUCAGUUUUGUUUUUAGUUCCUAAAAAAUAUAUUAAUUUCAUUAUCAUUUAUUGAAGUAUAAACCUUGAACAUUGCGAUCCACCGCUCUUAAAUUCUUAAUUACUUUCAUUAAUUAACUAUGAUUAUUAUGAAAUUCUACAUCUUUCCUUUACUUGGUUUUGGUGCUUCUUGUUAUGCGUAUUCCUCCUUUUUGUGGGACAUCAAAUUGGUGCUCAAUGUUAAAUCUAUUCACGUUUCUCCUCUUUGUACUUGAUGGCAAUAAUGUAAACCAAAUCUUUUUAAUGAUAUGGCCUUCAUUUUGAAAAUGAAAAAUCAUAUUUGCUACAAGUUUUAAAGUAGUUUUAAGAAAUAUAUAAAUUUUUUGACAAUCUAUAAUCUACAAGAAGCAGAUUUUAUUGUUUCUAUUAUAUUCCAUGCAUCACAAUGCAGAUAUCUUUGCACUUGAUAUUUUUUUGAUCAUUCAUUUUAUCCUUUGAAGUAUUAAAUCAAAUUUACACCCGGACAUUAAUGGUUGCACUUUUUUUUUCAUUUGAUAAUAAUUGGGUUAUUAAUUAAAGGCAGUCAUACUGCAUAAAAUAUAAUUGCAUCUGUUUUUAUUCAUGCCUUUGUAUGACAGUGGCAAAAUUGGCCGAUCUCUCCACAUUAUCAGCCGUGAAAUUGGUAAAUAUACAGAAAUUAUUAAAGAAAGGGAAAAAGAAUGAUUUACAUGUAGGUGUAUAAAUAUUUCAAAGUUUUGUUACAAAUGUGUAGAUAUUGUAGAUAUAAGGUAAGAGUAUAUGUAUAUAUGAAUCUAUCCACACUUUGUAAGUAAUGAUUUGUGUACAAAGAAAACUGCUUGUUUGUUUUAUAAAAUGAUAAUAAUGGCAAUAUGUUAAUGAGCUUAUAGUGUAUGAUUGUCACACAGAAAGGUUAUGUAAUAUGUUAUAGAUUACCAGUUGCUGUUGGACUUAAUGCCUUGCUCAGAGCUUCAUUUUUGAGGUGUUUGUCACCAAAAAAAGAUGUUUUGAAUCUGUUUCUUUUAUCUGUUUCUUAUGCCCUAGCAGUCACUGUCUUGUUUUCUUUUUCUGAUUAUUUUCUUGGAAAUUCCAGGUUUCUCAAGUUUUAUUUUGGAUUUAUUUUUUCUUCUUGCUUUUAAAAAAAAAUUGACUUUUGUUCAAAAACCUUAUUUUAUUGAUACGAUUUCUUUUAGAAUAUUUUUCCUCCAAUUCCUAGAAGGGCCUUUAAUUGGUGCAAUUUAUAAAAAAAUGAUUUUGAUAACAAGUUAUUCUUCAUUUUGUGAUUAUUGUAGUGAAGUUGGAAAAGAUCCAUUCAAUUUUCAUUUGAUAAGUUGCAAAUGUUUGCAAGUUUUUUUGGGCGAAAAUGUUAUGAAAGGUAUAAGCGGGAAUGAGCUGCAAAUGAUUUUGAAGGAAAAUAAUUUUUAAUCUGAAAUCAGCUUUAAUGUAUUCAAAACAAAAAUAAAGCAAAAAUGUUUCUUGUCAUAUUUAAUGGAUUGAAGAAAGAAAAAAAAGGGCAAAUUCCAUGUGCUGUAUUAGCAUGCCUUGGUUUUUACUCUAUAAUGUAAACAUGUUAAUGAACAGAAUAUUUCUUAUCAACUAAAAGGGCUUUAUUUUCUAUUCUGCUACAAAUUUAGCCCAUUUGGUUUCGCCUAGCCAUAGGUAACAAUAAAGCACAUAUUCUUCAGUUUCGUGCUUGCCCAACAUAGCAAUGUACACCAUAUUUGUACCUUACUGAAAUCAAUGUUGAGAAAUGAUUUGGUAUAGAUGACUUCGCUCCUUUAUUAAAAAGUUAAUUACAAAUGCAGUAGACAUUGUUAACACAAAAUUUAUGGAAUACAUUUUUGGGUAAUUUUUGAAAGCAUUUUGUGUUCAGUUUAACUACGAUAAACAAUGAUGUGUUUUCGUUUUUGCUUUAAAAGCAUUGAAUAAAAGCUUAAUGCUAUGUUGCAGCAAA